CACGGGGCCGCGCUGCAUGCUGGGAGCCGAGUGAGAGCCGUAACCACUCAGGGGAGUGACAGAGCGAGCUUACACUCUGCUUGAGGCCAUAAGAUGCUGCGCAGGAAACCCACUCGUCUGGAGCUGAAACUGGAUGACUUGGAGGAGUUUGAGAGUAUCAGAAAAGACCUGGAGGGCCGGAAAAAACGCGAAGAGGUGGACUUAUCUGCCAGUGAACCAGAGGCGGCAGUGUCGCUUAGCACGGACCCCAAGAGCCGAGAACAAACCAUUCAUGAUCGGAUCGGGUACAAACCCCAGCCAAAACCGAACAGCCAUGCCACCCAGUUUGGGAACUUUGAGUUUUAACUGGAGGGUCACAUCCUCGAAAACAUACUUUGGGUCCAUGAAAGCACUUUACUUUUUUUUGGUGUGAACUAACUUUGUAACCUGUUUUUGUAUAUUAUAUAUUAAAUUUUUUUUU